AUGCAAAAAACAAUCCAAUUUGUUUUCCGUUACUAAAAGCAUCGGUUUCUUUGUAUUAACUUCCUGGCCAGUUUAGAGUGUUUCCUGUACUUCCUGCUCGUGCCUGUUGAUUGGAAUUUCUGCCCUAUUUAUUGUUGAACAUUUUGUGUUUGUGAGGAUUGCGUGAAAAUGGCGGGAAAUGCACAAAAAGAGACUCACUUGAGACUCAUGCAGGAAUCUGCGAAAGGAAUUACAAAUCCCGACCUCCGGAAGUCUGUGGAAGAGCUGGGAAAUGCCAUUGUAAGUCAUCCAUCCUAUGGAAUUGACUACAAGUGGUCUACGGAGGAUUUUGAUUUGGGAGCACCGCUGGGACGGGGGAAAUUCGGUCGAGUUUAUCUGGCGCGGGAGCGCUUCUCACAGGUAAUGGUUGCCAUGAAGGUGAUGUUCAAGUCAGAGCUGAAGACAGGGCGUGUGGAGCGUCAGGUGUUGCGUGAGAUUGAGAUUCAAUCGAGACUGAAGCACCCGAACAUUUUGCGCCUGUAUACGUGGUUUCAUGAUGACAGCAAGAUCUACCUGGUGCUGGAGUACGCAUCCGAAGGGGAGCUGUACAAGCACCUCAAGAAUUCCCCCAAUGGGCGAUUCAAUGAGCAGCGCUCAGCCAAGUAUACGUAUCAAGUGGCUUCUGCCCUGCAGUACUGCCACAAGAAUGAUGUCAUCCACAGAGAUCUGAAGCCAGAGAACAUCCUCCUCACUGCGGGAGAUCUCGUGAAAUUAGCUGAUUUUGGUUGGUCUGCACACACGCCGUCCAACAAACGGAAGACAAUGUGCGGAACACUGGAUUACUUGCCUCCGGAAAUGGUGGAAGGCCGCUCAUACGAUGAUUCCGUCGAUCAGUGGUGUUUGGGUAUUCUUUGUUAUGAAUUCCUCGUAGGAUGCCCACCCUUUGAAUCAGACAACACUGAGAUAACAUACGAGAAGAUCCGGAAACUCCAAAUUCACUAUCCCCGGCAUCUCAGCCCCGGUGCAAAGGAUCUCAUUUCAAAGCUCCUACAGAAGCCUGGCUCUGAACGUAUCUCCCUGGAGCAGGUAAUGCGUCAUCCCUGGAUUCAAGAGAACAAGAAUACUGCCAUCAACUCCACCUUCUCCAAAUCAGAUGCACCCAGAAUGUAAAUCCCCCUCUCUAAUCGAAUUUUAUUCUCAUAUUCAUAUUUUUCGCUUUUUUCACAAUAAAUCCAUACUGAAUGUGCUU